AACCCCAAAGCUCCAUUUCGCAGCUUGUUUGAGGAGAAAACACACAGAGUAAAGAGACAGAGAAUGAAAAUGCAUAAACUCAAAGCUUUGCUAUCACUGAGUAAACCCUUUCGGAGAAAUGAUUCGAGCUUCUUCCUCUCAAAUCAUUAUUGUAGACAGUUUUCUGCUCAACCCAGCUACGCCGAUUAUCUUCAAGAACAGGUUUUGGUUGAAGGAAGGGCUAAAUCAAGAGCAGCUAUUUUAAAUAGACCAUCUGCUCUUAAUGCUCUUACGCCUUCUAUGGCUGGUCGAUUAAGUAGAUUGUAUGAGUCUUGGGAGGAAAACUCAGAUAUUGGAUUUGUAAUGAUGAAGAGCAAUGGCAGGGCAUUCUGCUCCGGAGCAGACGUCGUCACACUUUAUGAGUUGAUUAAUGAAGGGAAGGUUGAGGAAUGCAAGAAGUUCUUCCAGACAUUGUAUAAAUUCGUUUACCUGUUAGGAACCUAUCUCAAGCCAAAUGUGGCUAUUUUGGACGGUGUUACAAUGGGAAGUGGGGCAGGUAUUUCGCUUCCAGGAAUGUUUCGCGUUGUAACUAAUAGAACUGUUUAUUCUAAUCCCGAGGCUCAAAUUGGUUUCCAUCCUGAUGCAGGCGCUUCUUAUUAUCUUUCUCGCCUUCCUGGCUAUUUAGGGGAGUAUUUGGCUUUAACAGGGGAAAAACUUAAUGGUGUAGAAAUGAUUGCUUGUGGUCUUGCUACCCACUAUUCACACAGUGAAAGGCUUCCUUGGAUAGAAGAACGCCUUGGUAAAUUGAUCACAGAUGAUCGGCUUGUCAUUGAAAAUUCUAUAGCUCAGUAUGGUGACAUUGUUUACCCAGAAACGAGGAGUGUUCUUCACAAGUUUGAGAAAAUCGAUAAAUGCUUUAGCCAGGAUACAGUUGAGGAAAUUAUAGAAGCUCUGGAAAGAGAGGCAGCAGAAUCUCAUGAUGAAUGGUGCAAUACAGCUCUUAAUAAAAUAAAAGAAGCCUCUCCAUUGAGCUUGAAAGUGGCUUUGAAAUCAAUAAGAGAAGGCAGAUUUCAACCCCUUGAUCAGUGUCUAGUUCGUGAAUAUCGCAUAUCAGUUAAUUGGGUGUCCAAACGGAUGUCUGAUGACUUCUGUGAGGGUGUCCGGGCUAGAUUGGUUGACAAGGACUUUGCUCCAAAGUGGGAUCCAACACGGCUGGAGAAAGUUCCCAGCAACAUGGUUGACUGCUUCUUUACCCCAUUAGAUGAAUUAGAACCCGAACUCAAUUUGGCCACUGCAAUACGAGAGCCUUCUAUGUGAUUCAUGCCACACUUUGCUCUGCCUACGAGGCAUUCUAUACUCUGUUGAAUCCGUCACAGUAAUGGGAUCGGCAGAAGACAUUCCUAUCAAGAUGUUGGGUAGUUUUCAUUCCCUUGGAGCAGAUGUAAACGGCUGAACUGCACUAAUGUCUGUUUAGGUAUUAGAUGGUCGUAAAAGAAGAAAACGUUACGCAAGCUGCAAAUUGCUAAUUUCCUUCAUCUUUUACUCUAUAUGAGCCAUGUUUCUGAUGUUGAGAGACCUCUGAAGAAUUGCUUUUCAUGCAGACAUGAAAAGAAUAUAUAUCUUGUGAAAUAAAUUACCAAUACCAUGGUACCUUAAGAAAGUUUUGCAUACAUUUGUAGAACCAUGGAUAAGCGUAGACAAUUUUUUUGCAGGAGCAAUACUAAAUGCAUUUGAAUGUUGACUAA